ACCUCCCCAAUUGGGUCUAUACCAUUCUCACUUCUUUUGUUCCCAUGGACCACCAAACCCUAAUUUUACUAGAAUCCCCAAUUAACCUCCUAUGGAGACGCUGCCUCCGCUGGCGGCGGAUUCGACGAAGAAGAGCUUGCAUUUUGCAGACUAUUAUUAUACCAAAUUUGUACAGAUGUCAAAUUUUAACUUUGCCACAUCACUUAUCAGGAGAGAGUUCCUACUGCCACUAGCGCAGGCCCCAGGAGAAAACUUUGUGCUCUUCAAAUUAGCAAGGAAAUGGUGAUAUUUUGGGUAUAGUCUCACAAGACUCGCAACUGUUCGUGUCAAUGCCUCAAUGGGCAUCGACUUCUUUGCUAUUUUCUGUUAUUUUUUUGCUUUCGUAUUUUUCUACCUUGCUGACAUCUCCCUAGCAAGUGAUCAGCUAAGUCCAUACCAGUCAGUCAGUGGAAACCUGACCUUAGUAUCCGCCGGAAAAAAGUUUCGGCUUGGCUUCUUUAGUCCCACCAAUUCCAGAAACCAGUACUUAGGAAUAUGGUAUGACGGCAUCCCAACUCAAACUGUAGUCUGGGUUGCAAACCGAGAUAACCCACUUAAUGAUUCAUCAGGAAUUCUGAGAAUUGGUGAUGAUGGAAAUUUGAUUCUUCAAGACCAGGCAGAAAGGGUUGUCUGGUCCACUAAUAUCAAGAAUUCAUCAUCAAAAUCAACUACUGUUGCACAGCUCUUAGACUCGGGAAAUCUUGUUCUGAGGCACGGAAGCAGAGAUGGUUAUAUUUGGCAAAGCUUUGAUCAUCCUUCUGAUACCAUGCUAGCAGGUAUGAAAUUAGGCAUCGAUUCGAAAAAUGGUCUGGACAGAUACUUGACUUCGCGGAAGAGUGCAGAUGACCCUGCUCCUGGAGAAUUUUCUUUUGGCAUUGACUCCCGUGGGUUUCCACAAUUAGUCAUCCAUAAGGGCCCUAUCAAGAAGUUCCGAAGCGGGUUGUGGAAUGGUGAGGAAUUCAGUGGAUUACUUUUUCUACCUGACCUUCCCAUCAACCCAAAGUUCAUCAUCAAUUCAGAGGAGAUGUAUUAUGCGUAUGAUAUCAAGAAUGAAUCUACUCUUACAAGGUUAGUCUUAACUUUUUCGGGUUCACUCCAACGUUUUGUAUGGAACAAUGGUGGCCUUGAAUGGAUUGUCAUGCAUGCCUUGCCUAGCGACCCAUGUGAUAAUUAUGGCGAGUGUGGUUCAAAUAGUAUUUGCACAAUCAGUACUGAUACUAGGGUUUGCAGCUGUUUGACUGGAUAUGUACCCAAAGUAGAACAAGAUUGGGAGAUGCUGAUUUGGUCUGGUGGGUGUGUUAGGAAACACCCAUUGAAUUGUUCCAAAGGAGAAGGAUUUAUAGAGAUAAAGGGUGUAAAAAUGCCCGAAGUAUUGCAGUUCUGGCUCAACACUAGCAUGAGCCUUGAGGAUUGUGAAAUGGAGUGCUUGAAGAAUUGUUCUUGUACAGCUUAUGCUAACUCACUAGUUACUGGAGGGGGAAGUGGUUGCUUGCUGUGGUAUGGGGACCUGAUUGAUAUCAAACGUUUCAUAGAACUUGGCGAUCAAAAACUUUACAUUCGAGUCACAGCUUCAGAGCUAGAGUUGAAAUCAAAUUCUAAGAAGAUCAAGCCACUAGUGUUGGUGAUGAUUGUUGUAUCAGUAGCUAUAGUAAUGCUGAUUGUUGCUUCUUGCAUAAUAUGGAAGAGGAAAGUACAAAAACAAGGAAUGCCAUCAGACUCUCAAGCCAGAGGUGAAGAAAACAUGGAAUUACCUAUUUUCAAUAUGAUUACAGUUGCAGAAGCAACAAAUAAUUUUUCUGAUUCAAAUAAGAUUGGAGAGGGUGGCUUUGGACCAGUAUACAAGGGUCAGCUAGCAUCUGGACAAGAGAUUGCAGUCAAGAGGCUUUCAGAGAAUUCAAAACAAGGACUCCAUGAAUUUAAAAAUGAGGUUAUAUUGAUUGCAAAGCUACAACAUCGAAAUCUUGUAAGGCUUUUGGGAUGUUGCAUUCAAGGAGAAGAGAGAAUGUUAAUUUAUGAGUAUAUGCGCAACGGAAGCUUGGACUCCUUUAUUUUUGGUGGAUCAAACUAUGCAAGUAAUUUUCUUGAAUGGAAGAGGCGCUUUGAAAUUAUUGUGGGGAUUGCUCGGGGGCUACUUUAUCUUCAUCGAGAUUCAAGAUUGAGGAUUAUUCAUAGAGAUCUAAAAGCCAGCAAUGUGCUACUAGAUAAUAAUAUGAAUCCUAAAAUAUCAGAUUUUGGCAUUGCCAGAGCUUUUGCUGGAGAUGAAUUACAUGCAAAAACUAGAAGGGUGAUUGGAACUUAUGGUUACAUGUCUCCAGAAUAUGUCAUCAAUGGCCUAUUUUCCAUGAAAUUAGAUGUCUUUAGUUUCGGGGUGCUAGUUUUGGAAAUAGUGAGUGGCAAAAAGAUCAGACAGUUCCAUCAUCCAGACCAUCAUCACAACCUUGUUGGACAUGCAUGGAAAUUAUUCGUUGAAGGGAAGGCCUUUGAGCUAAUAGAUCCACAAAUGGAGGAUUCAUUUCCAAUGUCAGAAGUAUUAAGAUGCAUACAGGUCGGCCUCUUGUGUGUGCAGCGACGCCCUGAAGACAGGCCAACGAUGUCCUCCGUGCUCUCAAUGUUCGAUAGUGAGGGCACAAUGUUGCCCCAGCCAAAACAACCUGGUUUCUACACAGAUAUAAGCCCUUCCGAGACAGAGUCCCAGCUCGAGGAAAGUUGUACAAUAAAUACGAUGACCAUUUCAAUAGCAGAUGGUCGGUAGAAGUGACAUCAUAUAUUGAUACAGAUUAUUUAGGUAGGUUCAAAUGUAAAUAUGUUUGUGUGAUAUGAAGGUUGGCUUGGGUAAGCUGUUUAUUUUUGGAAUGUGCUUGCAGCCUCCUCCAUCUGCGAGAUUUUUAUGAAGUUGGAGGGGAAAAAAAGGAUUAUUCUGAGUUGACUUAGUAUUCAAAUAAAAAAUAGUUAGUCA